UCGCCGAGAUCAGCCCGCCAUCACUAUGCGGUCGACUCGUUGCGUUGCAGCAAUGGAUGAUAACAUGGGCAAUUUUGAUCGUGUAUUUCGUGUCGUACAACUCUCUUGGCGUGUUGCCUGCUAUUCCUGCCUCGGUCGCCCCGCUGGCUAGCAAGCAAGCGUCGAUGGGAUGAAGCGUUGGAAGUGCUCGCUCUACUGCGUGCUAAAGGAGAUGCAUCCGACCCUGAAGUUGUUGCUGAGUUGCAGCUUGUGCGGGAGAAAAUACAAUGGGCUAAACCCCCCUUUCGCAACAAGAAGCUCGCCGUAUCCUGAUUUCAAGACCAGGCUUGAAGGGCAGUGCCCACGUACAAGUUGGGCUGAGGUGGCCAGCUCUCGGAAUAUUGUACGUGUUCAUUGUGGCAUAUUUGCGCAUAUCUGGGCACAGUGCAGCGUUGUUGACACCACCAGCGGUACUAAUGCGCUGACGUACUACAUCGUGUACAUGUUCCAUAUGGCUGGUCUCACUGGACAUAACACCGACCGUCACGUGGGUGGUACCUGGGGGCAGUCCCUCAAAAGCUAUCAUUGCUUGCUCCUAUCUGUCCAUCGCCACACAUGCCUGUACAUGGGGCUGAGUCGAACGCCUACGCCGCUCAGUUCCGACCACUCAAUCAGGAACGCUAACUAUCGUACAUAAAAGCCCCAUCGGCUGGAUCUAUCCGUCCGAGACCAUCCCCCCUCUACGUCCGUACCAAGAGCGUCUCGCUGUCCCCCUGUUUCCAACUGGGC